AAAGCUAACAUCCUUUUCCUGUGCCUGAGGGAGAAGGCAGUUGAUAAAAGCUGAGUUCCUGUUCACAGACAAGUUUAGAAGGCAGCCAAACUCAGAAGUUCCUUGAAUAAGUUAUAUUCCUACCACCUUUUUUUUUUUUUCUUUCCUCUGUCAGAGGCAUUUGAGCCCCACACAGGAACCAGGCUCACAUUGUUCGAUGGCCAUGGACAUUUCCACAGUAGCUGGGAGGGUCGAAAGCUUUUUCCGCUCUUUGUUACAAAUCUUUUUUUUUUCCUUCCUUCUUCCAACUUUUCAGUUAAAGGAUAUUGACAGGGCAUUCCAGAACUAAUUCAGGCUGCACUUCAGAGACGAGAACAAGAGACAGGUGUAACCAGGUAGGAAAAAAGCCCACAAUGCUACUGAAGCUUUUGCUCAUCUAUCAUGCGGUAGGACUGGCAAAGUUGGUCAGGCACUCUGACCAUCGUGGGCAUCGUGAGGGUCCCAUGCACAGCUCAAAGCCACUAAAUUAUGAGACCUCUGCGUACCCUCAGAGGACUCCUCUCUCACGUGAGGAAGAAGGUUACUGGGAGGCAGAAGGGCGCAGGGAGGAUGCAAGAGACUACCCUUCAAGCAUCUCCUCCUCACAUCAGGAAGAAAGAGAGGAUUUUGAAGCUGCAAGCCCACGGUCCCCAAAUGGGAACUGGUGUUCCUUCAUGCAGUCCCGCCUAGUAACACACAUAGAAGCCUGCAUGAAAGAGAAGUACAUCGUCAACUCCCAGCAGCCCUGUCCAAACGGAGCUCCAGACUGCCAGAAGAUCAUGUACAGGACAGCCCUGAAGCCCAUCUAUCAAGUCAAACAGAAGGUUUUGAAAUCUUUGCAGUGGAAGUGCUGCCCUGGAUUUAUUGGCAAGGACUGUGAACAACGUGAUCCCAAUUUCAUUCCAGUGCCAGGAAAUGAAACUGAAGGAUGGGAAGAGGAGUUCUCAAACCACAUGUCAACAUCAGUGGAUUCAAGAGAACUGUUGGAAGUCAUUCAAAAUCAGGAGGCAUUACUGGAUGAUCUUCAAAGUGAUAUUCAUCAAGCAGUCAGCAACUUAGGUGAUUUACAGAGAAUAUUUGAAAACAACGGUACAAGCAUGGUGUUAGAAGUGAACCAGAGCAAUGCAGAUUUACAGGAAAGGCUUCUGCAGCAAGUUUUGUUUCCCCAUGUGGAGAAUUUUCUUAGGAAACAUUUUAACCCAAUGUGGGCAAGCUUCAACAGAAGCUUACAGAACCUCUCCAACAUAGUGGGAAACCUGUCCCACGAUGUGGAAGUCAACAAGAAAAGCAUAGAAAGAUUUCAAGAAAGCACUGUACCUAAGAGGGAAUUCCAGGAGCUAGGAACUAAGUUUGAAUCUAAAGUCCAGGAAAAUGUGGUGAAAGCUGAUCACAUGAAAAGGGAUAUAGAAAAUCAAUUGCAAAUGCAGCAGGCUAGUAUUCACUAUAACCUCACCAUGAUCAAGGCAGAUACUGACACAAAGCUCAAGAAGUAUCACAAGAUACAGCAAUCACAUUUCUUAGCUUUGAACAACAGCUUAACAAACAUGAAACACGAGCAAAACAAACUUGAAAAUAAAUUUGAGACUUUGAAAAAAAAUUUAUCAGAACUCUCCUCACAUCAUGGUCCCAAAGAUGAAACCACCCAGUUAGCCAUCAGACAAAUAAAUGACAUGCUGUCAGGGCAUGGAAAACAGCUUAAAGAACUUUACAUGGAGUCAGAUGUGGCCUUUCAGAAUAUAGCAGUUUUAGAGAGAUGGUUUAAGGAGUUAAAAAAAAAUAUCUCAAAGUAUAGGCCUGAAGAUCUAACAAUAACUUUAAUGGAGAAAUCACUUCUUAUUGAAGAAAACAAAGCAGCAGUGGAAAGGCAGAUAUCAGAGCUGAACUAUACUCUCUCAAAUCUUCGGGAAAAUUAUUCAGAUCUGUUGAGGUACAUGGAGGAAUGCAAUUGCCAGAAGAUAUCUUCUGACAGUGAUAUACUCGAGGAAGAUUUCAAGAAUAUCACUUACUCCCUUGAAGGCACACAAUCAAACUUAAAGGAUAUGAAGCAGUUAGAAUCUGUUUUCAAAGAUCUCUUGAGGAAUGAAAUUGAAAAGCUCUCCUCAGCUUUUCCAUCUAUCCAUCAGUCCCUUAACCUCCGUCAAGAAGAAAACAGACAGCUUCAGUCACAAGUUACAUCUUUGUCAGAAGACAUAGGCCUCUUGAAGAAGAAAGAUGAAGAAAUUCAUAGACACAUCAAGUAUCUCAACAGUUCUUUUGGUUCUCUUUUAGAAGAUGCCAUGCGGCACAAAGUAGCACUGGAGGCUUUACUGGGAGAAGAGUUCAUGGAAUUGUUGUUUGAAGAAGAUCCUACUACCCUAGUAACAUCAGUGGUUCAGCUGCAAGAAUCUCUCAGAAAGAUCUCAGAUAAACUCCAAGAACAAAAUAUGACCUUAGAAUCUCUUGUAAAGAGAUUUCAUCUCUUGGAGAGAGGUCAACGGAGUACUCAUGAUGCUCGUGUAUCUUCAAAGCAUUCCAGACAGGAAACUCAAACACCCUCUGCACUGGAUGACGUUAGUCAGCGCAGCAAUGUAGAGCAUAUGGAACCUAAUUAUGAGGCUUCCCAAGAUGACUCCUUGGAUAGCUCAGCAUAUAAUGACAUCAUGACUCUCAAGAAUGACAUCAAACAUCUGAGCCUGGCAAUCAAGAGGCAUGAAGCCACAAAUUACAUGAAUAUCUGCUGCAAUCAUAUAAUAACAAAUGUGGUGGAGCCACUGAACGUUUCUGUGGAAGUUCUCUCAGGAGAUUUAGCAACCAUCAAAGAGAAGCUGGAGGAACAUCUGCUGAUUUUCAAAAAGCUAUUUGGAAGCAAUGAAGAAUUAGUUGCCACCAAUAUAAGCCUGGAUGUUGCAAAGAUUCAGUCAAUGCUGACCAGAAAAGUGAGAAGGCAACAGAAAGGUCAAGACAAGCAAAGAGACAAAAAGAAGCCUGAGAAGCACAGAGAAAAUACACAGAUAGUAAGUGGAAGAAAUACAGUGCAGACAGAACUUCUGGAAAAAGACUCAUCGGUGGCAUUCCAUGUAGGAUUCUCAGACCAAAAGGAUAAAGAAAGAACUCUGAGAUUUAAUGAAACAUACCUCAAUUACGGACAGAGCUAUUUCCCUGAACACGGCUACUUUAAAGCACCACACAAAGGUGUCUACUUCUUUGUCAUCUCUGUGGAGUUUAGUUCAGGACCGGCACUAGGACAACUCUCUUUUAGCCGUGGAUACAAAAGAACUCUCUCAAGUAGUCAACGGAAAACACCAACUGGAAAUACUAUGACUACUUUUGCUAUGGCAGAAAUGGAGAAAGGGGAGAAAGUAUGGUUUGAAUUGCUGCAGGGCUCUGUGGUAAAACGGAGUCCACCUGGGACAACAAUGGGUGGAUUCCUACUAUUUAAAACUUGAACAGUGACAUUUUGUUUUACUGAUAUCUUUUCCAUAGAUGCAAUGGAUCAAUUCACUAUUGCUUCAUCUGUGAUGUAUUCAAUCCUACUGCAUGUGUUUAAACAUAGCACUACUCUAGAUUUGUCUUCAAGCUUCUUUUCUGGAAGUGUUUGGCUUUGAUUAGUUGCUUACAAGCAGCAAAGGAUUUCCUUUCAAGUGAUAACCUAACGGGUUGGACUCCAAACAUUAUCAGGACACACAUUCCCAAAUCCCUCUACCAGGAGAAUUAUACCUAAUUAGGAAAAAUGCUUUGUGGGACUUUCUUCAUUUACAUCACGACUCAUUUCUCUUUCCCCCUUUCUAACGAGCACCUAGAGUACUGCAGUCAGCUCUGGGGCCUCGAACAUAUGAACGUGGAUCUGUUGGAGUGACUCCAGAGGAGGGCAAUGAGGAGGGUCAGAGAGCUGGAGCACCUCUCCUAUGAAGACAAGCUGAGAGAGACGGGGAUGUUCAGUCUAGUGAACAAAAGAAUCCAGAGAGAACUUAUAGCACCCUUCCAGUACCUAAAGGGGGCCUACAGUAAAGCUGGGGAGGGAUGUUUGUCAGGGAGUGAAGUGAUAGGACAAGGGGUAAUGGCUUUAAACUAAAAGAGGAAAGAUUUAGAUUAGACAUUGGAAAAAAGAUUCUUUAUUCAGAGGGUGGUGAGGCACUGGCACGGCCUGCAAGAGAAGCUGUAGAUUCCCUGUCCCUGUAACUGUUCAAGGCCAGGUUGGAUGGGGCUUUGAGCAACGUGGUCUGGUGGGAGGUGUCCCUGCCCAUAGCAGGGGGCUGGAAGUAGAUGAGCUUUAAGGUCCCUUCCAACCACAGGCAUUCUAUGAUUCUGCAAAAACAGCACCCCCCUUACGGCAAAUAUCCUCACUGUCAAGGAAAAAAAAAAGAGAAAAAUGAUACUUUAACACUUUUUUUUUUUUUUAAAUGUAGCUGCUCAAAACCAAGAAGCCAGGACAAUUUUACCUUUCUGUUCUGUGUGGUCCACAGGCAGUCACAUGGUGUUUUGCAAACUUCUGCAGUUCACUCAAAUUCAACAUUUCUGCCCGUACAUACCAUGAACACUAGUAAAGAUCUAUCAAACCCAGUAAGGUGCACCCUGUAACACCUAUUGGUAAGCAAGGAUCUUAGAAACAGCCUAGUCUUUUUCCUUGUAGGUCUGUGCUGUAUUUCAACUACAUUGUAAAAUUUAAUAGCAAUAUAACAUUGUCCAAAUGUUUCUCUAAUAUAUCCUAACAUUAGGAAAAUGUCAAUGAUAUUCAAAAAUGUUGUUGAAACUGCUCCUUAUUUCUACAGUUAUUCCUGAAGAACAUUGGGAACACAGCACAGACAGUCCAAAAUUUAGUGAAUAGUUUAAAACCAAGCAAGCAAGCAACAGCAAAUAGACAUGCUCACUGGUCUAUUGCCACUGUUGAAUAUAAAAUAAAUUUAUAAUUAGAGUAAACCAAACAGCAGAAUUUCUGAACUGCCGACAUUCAAGUUUCCAAAAAUCUCAAAAUGAGUAUGUCUGGUCACGUCCUAAAUUUUUUUUUCUGUCAAAGGAAAUAUCUCCAAAGGCUUUCAUUUUAAAUACAUUUUUAUUAUUCCUUGUUUAACAUAAUUUUUACCUUACAAAACAAUAUAUUAAAAAUAUUAGAUUUGCCAAAAUGAAAUAUAUUUUAAAAUUCCCAAUAGUUUUGAAGAAAGAGAUAAAUUCCUAUCGUGUAUUUUAGGUUUUUUUAAGAUAGCAUUUUCUAACAGUUACUAGAAAAAUGCUGUUGAGUUUCUCUCCCCAUCUAUCUGCAUUCUGAGCAACAUUAAACUACAGGAUAAUUAAUAAAAAACACUGAUACUAAUAAACACUGCACCUAAGACAACAGUUUGACAAGCGUCUUUUGAAAUAAAAUUACAAAGCAGGCUUAGCUACAACUUGCUAGACAGAUUGUUACUCUCCUUCCAGAAAAAGGCAACAAACGAGUAAAAAUGUACUGCUUCAUUUUAAGAAUCUGAAAAUUGGUAUGAUUAAAUCCCUUCCAGAGAUUCAAAAACAGAGGGCCACAAAUGAAGAUGUUCAUCAACUCUGGAAAGAGAAAAUGCCAUUUCUGACCUGAUUAGCAGCCCCACGUACUGCUAGCCAGUGCUCCCCUUCGUGUGAGACUAACUGGACAAGUCUCUCCAUCUACCCGGCAUGGAGCCAGGCCUGCACUGCUCUGCAGUAGGCAACACAGAGCGCCCACGAGCUCAGCGUCAUCUUCUGCCCCUCACAUCGCUCAAGUAUCUGAGGGAAAGAAGAGAAGAAAAAUGUGAAGAGGUGAAACGUCAAAAAGGAAGAAAAUGAUCGAUCUAUAAGCCUGGGUUCUUUUAGUAAAAAGCCAUUGUACCGAGGUGACCCAGCCAUUUUGACCGGCAGUCCUCCAACUAUGGACUUUUUUGCUGGCAGCAUCCUGCAGUGUUAAGCGUGCUGCCCAGGUCAGGAGAGAAUAAGGAACAUCUCAUUUUUGGUGAACUAACUCUGUGCACCUCAUUUUUGGCACACUAACUCUGCAGCUACCGGUCAAAUGCCAAAAUUAAUCACAUUGAGGGGAUAUAUACAUAUAUACAUGUAUUUAAAUACACGUGCUUGGUUUCAAAGCUUUGACAGAAAACUUCAACUGGAAUGAAAACCACACAGCUGCUUGGAAAGGGACAAGGUAGGUAGUAGUUAUGAUAUCAGGGAACAGAGAAAGGUCUAUAUGUCAUCUCUGAUCCUAGCAGUUAUCCAGGCAGGACUUUAAAAGGUUUGUUAUCUUCGUGCUUACCAGAGUUUAUUUUUGUUGAAGAAUAAGCCAGACUAGUUCAGAGAUCAUCAACUCGUGUGAACACAACUUUAAUAUAAAGAUGUUUUCAUGUUUGUAUUCUUCAAAUACAUGCUUAAGUUAACCACCUGCAUACACAAAGAAGAGAUACUUGACUGGAAAACUCUUGUAUUUACAUUAUGAAUCAAAAAUUUAAGGAAUAUAAUGGUUUAAAACAUUCUAUCGACUGCGUAAACCAGGAAGUUUUUCUUUUUCUUGUUUUUUUUUUUUUUUAAUUUUUUAUUUUUAAUAUCUAUCACCACCACUAUCAUCAACCUGAGACUCAUGUUUAAAAAUAUUUUCCGACUUCUUGUAGUACUUCCCCCAGAUCCUCUAACUGCCAGAAAACCUUGCUGUUAGUUCCAGAUUCUGGAUUUCCAAAUGAAACCACUAAGCUUUAUAAAAAUAUAUUUUAAAAAGUGCCGUACAUAUUUCAAUGUCUUUGUGAAACUUUUGUCAGUGAAACUUUUACUGCUUUAUGAAUGUCAGUAUCUUAUAGUGCUUUGCAUUUUAAAAUUAAAGUCUCUUCAUGUUUUUUUUUCCCUUCUGCAUUACUAAGAUGAUCUCCUUACUUCACUCACAAUUCAAGUACCCACUGUGUAUCAAAAAUUUUAUUUUCUAUAUACCCAUCAAUGCCUGUAUUCUUUAGUCAGAUUCACCUGAACCCACUUCACACAUCCACAUCAUGCCAGCCUCUGAAAUCCACAUUGGUCGCCCCUCAUGAGCCAGUUUCAUAAGGUGAUCCACCUAUAAUAACAGUCCUCUCAUGAAUCCGAGUUACACCUGGUAUUGAAAGACAACAUUAACAUCAGUGAGAUGGACUGAAAUGGUAUUUUGGGGUGCUGUGACGAUAAAGCUAGAGAAAGGAUUAAUGAAAUUUACGGAAUUUAACCCAAUCCUUAAUGUAAACAGUGAUGCUUCUGCAAUUUGAAGCUUGUCAUUUUCAGUUAUUUAAAAACUUUUUUUUUCAGAAAGAUUUUUAUAUCUUUAGGAUAUGGCACCAUCCUGUGGCCGUUUCAAGGAGCUACAUUAGGUUGCUUGGUCAAAACAAAGACUGGUGCAGAAGUUUUAGUUACCCACAGUAUCUUAAUUAUGUCCUCCAAUAAUCCGAUUUUAAAACCCAAUUUUCAUCCCAACCACAAUCAGUGCAAUCUGCGAAGAUACUCUACAAACUAUACCCACAACGGUGAGAGAAAGUUUCCUCUUUCAAAAAAAAGAGGGCAAAUCUUUGUGCUCUGUAAAUUUCUGCUAUUAUGUGUUGAGAGGAAGAAAGAUAUAAAAACUAAAUACAAUACUUUCUUGAACACUAAUGCACAAAUAUAUCACUUGAAGUUAUGGAAAAGUGUUA